AGAGUACAGAUAAACCAAUAAUUAAAGAUGAGAUGAUGACAUUUUCUUUUUGAAUAGAACUAAUACAAUAUUUUGAUGUACCACAGGUAGAUUUUUCCAUAACCUUAUGGAGAAAAAGGACUUUGAAGCAUGGCUUGAUAACAUUUCUGUUGCAUUUCUUUCUCUGACGGACUUGCAGAAAAAUGAAACUCUGGAUCACCUGAUUAGCUUGAGUGGAGCAGUCCAGCUCAGGCACCUCUCCAAUAACCUAGAGAUCCUUCUCAAGAGGGACUUCCUCAAACUUCUUCCACUGGAACUCAGUUUUUAUUUGCUAAAAUGGCUCGAUCCUCAGACCUUACUCACAUGUUGCCUCGUCUCUAAGCAGUGGAAUAAGGUUAUAAGUGCCUGUACAGAGGUGUGGCAGACAGCUUGUAAGAAUUUGGGCUGGCAGAUAGAUGACUCUGUUCAGGACCCUCUGCACUGGAAGAAGGUUUACUUGAAGGCUAUUUUAAGGAUGAAGCAACUGAAGGACCAUGAAGCCUUUGAGACCUCCUCUUUAAUUGGACAUAGUGCCAGAGUAUAUGCACUUUACUAUAAAGAUGGACUUCUUUGUACAGGUUCAGAUGACUUGUCUGCAAAGCUGUGGGACGUGAGCACAGGGCAGUGCAUAUAUGGCAUCCAGACACACACUUGUGCUGCUGUGAAGUUUGAUGAACAAAAGCUUGUGACAGGAUCCUUUGAUAACACAGUAGCCUGUUGGGAAUGGAGCUCAGGGGCCAAGACGCAACACUUCAGAGGGCACACGGGUGCAGUUUUUAGUGUGGAUUACAAUGAUGAACUUGAUAUCCUGGUCAGUGGCUCGGCAGAUUUCACUGUGAAAGUAUGGGCCUUAUCAACAGGAACGUGCCUGAAUACACUUACUGGACACACAGAAUGGGUCACAAAGGUGGUUUUGCAGAAGUGCAAGGUCAAAUCUCUCAUGCAUAGUCCAGGGGAUUAUAUUCUUCUGAGUGCAGAUAAAUAUGAAAUCAAGAUUUGGCCUAUUGGAAGGGAAAUAAAUUGCAAAUGCUUAAAAACCCUGUCGGUGUCUGAAGAUCGCAGCAUUUCACUGCAGCCCCGACUGCACUUUGAUGGCAAAUACAUCGUGUGCAGUUCAGCUCUAGGAUUGUACCAGUGGGACUUUGCCAGCUAUGAUAUUCUCAGGGUUAUCAAGCCUCCUGACUUUGCAAAUGUGUCCUUGCUGGGCUUUGGAGAGAUAUUUGCCCUGCUGUUUGAUAACAGCUACCUGUAUAUAAUGGAUUUGAGGACAGAAAAACUGAUUAGCCGCUGGCCUCUGCCAGAAUAUCGAAAGUCAAAGAGAGGUUCCAGCUUCUUGGCUGGUGAAAUCUCCUGGUUAAAUGGACUAGAUGGUCAAAAUGACAUGGGCCUGGUUUUUGCCACCAGUAUGCCAGACCACAGUAUUCAUUUGGUAUUAUGGAAAGAACAUGGCUGAAAAGAUGGCAUAUGCCAGGAUCUUCAUGAAUCCUUGAACUAUCAGCAGUUUGUCCAUGACAGAAGACUUUGCAUGAACCAAAGUUGCACACCUAACGGUAUCAUCAUGCAAUGCACAAUCAUUUACCUUUUUAUUUUUAGGGCAUUUUUCAAGGGUUUUUUUGACAUAAUGCAACACAGCAUGCUAGCAAUAUUCACCACUGAAUUUUGUCUGUAGUCAUGUUUAAGUAUCUAUAUUUGAGCUCUGAAGUAUAGGAUGAUAAAGGUUAAAAAUCACUCAAAUCUAAUUGAUCAGGUCUAUAGUACUUGCUCUCAGACUUCUGCCCUAUUUUUGGAUAAAACAAAGGAGAUGAUGUUAUCUUAGCACUCUAGUCUCGUGUAUGCAGCAGCAAAGGCUGGUUGGCAGUGCACAAUCACACAGUUCCCUCAAGUGAAACCAAAAUGGCCCUUUGAAUAUUAGCUUCUUAGUUGCAUUGACUUUUCCUUAUCCGAGCUUUAAACCAUGACUCCGUGGAAUCAAGAAAUGAGGUGGAGUUUUUUAAGCAUUGUUAGAUUACUUUUGGAUGACAGCAGCAGCCUCUCCGAGGCUGUGUGGAGGUGAUACUCCUAUCCCUGGGUCAGACUGAGCCACCUUCUCAGUUAUUAUUUGACCUAAUAGCUGCCAGAUGUGAACUGGAGAAUUUGUGACUGGUGUCUUGCACUUCUCUUGUUGAGGUCAAGUUGGGACAGAAGCAAACAGUCUUUCUGUGGACACUUAAGUUGAUAGCACAAUGUGAAUAAAACCAUCUUGCUGGUUUAAUGUUUGUGCCAUUGUACUACUAUUGAAUGAACAUGCUGGGCAAUGUCUUGGUCUUCUUUCAGAGACUGAGACAUGGAAUGCUUGCAUAACUCUAGAAGUCCACCCUGCAUGGCUUUAUCAGCAAUGCACUGUUAAUGUUUUUCCACAGUCUGAGGGUCAGAGCACAAUGUGCUCCAGGGAUUUAGGGAAAAAAAACAACGGAAGGGAACAAGGCCACCCUUAACCCAUAGGCUACUAAAUUUGAACUCCUACACUGAGCAGAUGGUAUCCAAAAAUUAUCUUCCCUUGCAAAGUAAUGGUCAUAUGCUAAUAGGUAUGGAACUACCUGUUCCAACUAGAUUGGAAAGUGGGAGCCAAAACUGUGAUACCAUGGACAUAAGCCCUUGAAAAAGGAGUGUUAAAACUUAAAGGGUAGAAUUGGCAAUUGUAGUCUGAUAUGACCAGCUUCACUAGACUUGACUAAGCUAGAGAGAAGAUUAAGUAAAUAUUUAAUAGCAGGCAUCCAUCACAAGUACUAUCACUGAACCUGACUUGUAUUUAAAAACUGUAUCCAUCACAACAUGACUCACUUUAGAAGUGCAUUUUUACAUUUGAAAAAUAAAGUUGCCCCCUAGUGUCUAUUUUUACACAACUUCUAAAUAUAAGGUUGCUUGAAGAUUGACUGUGUUCUUUAUUUCAGACAUUCAGUAUUCCCCAUUAUCUUAACAUGAUGACCCCUCCCUACCCCAGGGUUGUGGACAAGGAAUGAGCUACAGAUUCUAGGAAGUAUUCUUGUACAAAAACAUCAGUGGACAUUAGGCAUUUAAGUUAUCAAAGUGUUCCAUAACUAAAAGAUUCCUAAGGGGGGACACCAGAGAUGCAUCCAAUGGAUUGUUUUACAGGCAGCUUGCAACUGCCACUCAGGCUAGGAAAGUCUCCAUUUAGUUUUUGGCUCAGUCACCUUUAGAUAAGUGGCAGGGGAGGCAGAGUCAAACAUAUGUACAAGGAAAAGUCUGGGUAUAGUUGAAUUUUAAAAGGUUUGCCUGCCAGGUAGAGGGAUUUAUCAUGCAGUUCAACUUGGAAGUAAAGCAGCAACAAAAUAGAACUUACCCAGUUUACAACGAACAAGACCUGGUAUCCAGCUCAUGUCUGAUUCUGGCAAAUGAAAGAACAGUUCAAGUUGAAAGGAUUCAAGAUUGUGGAAAAUUACGUGAUAAGCAGUUAAGAGCCUCUGCUUUCUUCCAGCUAAGAACAGUCUUCACUCUGCUAACGUGAGCCUCCUCGCUUAUCAGCCUUUAUACCUGAAAAGCUUUUAAAAAUCAACUUUCUCCUCUUAGGUAAUUCAGAGCAGCUACGGGUGGCCACCCUGAAAGCCUGCCUUCUAACUUUCAGAUUAGAUCCCCCUCCACACCUUCAUCCACAGCCUACUUUUUUAUUGCUUAUUCAGACAAAGUGAACUAUUUUUAGUGUAACAAAACAUAGCUACCAGCAUUUGUAUAAAUGCUGCUGUUUACAAGAACAUGGGCUUUGUUACUUU